GGAACCUCCGCCGUCGCUAAGCCGUGUGUGUCAACAUCAUCCCUGAGAGAACCUAUCGACGAUUUGACGACAGGGCUAGGCCAUUCGUGCAAUUCACGCAAGCUGUAAAAAUCCACAAUCAAUUCUAAGCUCUGGUUCAUUCACACGAGUAACACAGUGAUGUGGUGUUACACUCGGUAUGCGCUAACGCUCUGAACGCUUUGUGUCAUGACAGUGACACAAGAACGUCCACCGCCCAGUACACUGCGCAUCAGGCGAACGAUAACCGACCUCUUCCAUUCAUUGUGCCAAGAUUCGAUUUCAUCGGCGCUCUCACUCCGUAAGUAGUCGCACGUGCGCCGCAGCACGCAGCGAGACUGCAAUUGGCGAGGGGGAGUGAAAAUCUUACAAUGCAAUUUAAGUAGCCUAAAUGGAAUACAGGCUGGUUGUUCACUAAAUAAAUUCGAAUUCUAAAUUUGAAAUUUAUAAGUAAGUCCAUUUUGAUAGAUCCACGGUGACGUGAACUGUUAUUUAUAAUAAUAAACAAAUCGUAAGUGUGAUAACAGUUUUGUAAUAGUGCAUUGUCGAGGAUUGAAUAGUGAGAAAUAAAUAGUGUAAAAUGACAUCGCGGUCCAAGGAAAAGGUAGCGGCAGCUUUUCGGAAGCUGUUUCGCUCUCCAGAGAAGCUUGACAACGAAGUAGCCGGUCCGAGUGGAUCGCCGGCCAGGCGCGGUCUAUUUCGUCGACACAGGGAUGGAGUAAGUCCAGCAGAAUCAGCUGCGAGCUUACCAUCGAGUCCCACAGCCUCUUCACUUUCAAAGAAAAAAGCUGGAGGCGCCACCGAUGUACGAGAGAGGGCAGCUGCCGUGCGAACACGCAGACUUAUGAAAGAACUUAAAGAAAUACAGCGGUCACAAGAUCACAGACCAAAUCCCAUUUUCACAGUGGAACUAGUUAAUGACAAUUUGUUCGAGUGGCACGUCCGACUGCACCAGAUUGAUCCCGAAAGCGAUUUGGCGUCAGAUCUGCGGGAACUAAACAUUCCUAACAUUUUGCUGCAUUUGAUAUUCCCUGAAAAUUUCCCGUUUGCGCCACCUUUUAUGCGGGUCAUUGAACCACGAAUAGAAAAAGGAUUUGUAAUGGAAGGUGGAGCAAUUUGCAUGGAAUUGCUGACACCGCGUGGAUGGGCAUCUGCGUAUACUGUAGAAGCAGUCGUGAUGCAAUUCGCCGCGUCCGUUGUGAAGGGUCAAGGUCGGGUUGCGCGCACGCCUCUACGAUCGUCGCGCGAGUUUUCCCGCAGGCGCGCGGAGGAGGCCUUCCGCUCGCUCGUCAAGACACACGAUAAAUAUGGUUGGGUCACACCGGCACUCUCAGACGGUUGAACGUUGACAAGGUUACUCUCAGCUAUAAUGCAGAAUGGAUCUCUACUAGAUAAUAAUUAAAUCGAUUAAUAAAUGUAACAACUUUAGUUAUAAAUAUGAUAAACUUCUUUGAUAAAUACUAAUUUUAUUAUCAUUACUCGAAUAUUUCUUGUAUACUUUGUUUUAACAUUUUCAAGUCAUUGUGGGAACGGAGCAGUUACAUUAGUGUUAAGCAUUUUAAAAACCGAAAUUGAAAAAAAACCAUUUCAAUAGAUAAUAAUUAAUGUAUGUUAUCUGUAAAUAUUGUAUUAUGUGCCAAAAACCAAAAACACGUUGUGCUAUAAGUACUAAAAUCAUAAUUGUUCACUUUUUCAAAAUUUUCGAUACCGUCUUCCAAUUCUAUUAAUGUGCUUUUCUCAUUAACGCGGUCGGUUUUCUUGUUUACAUCGGUAUCGCAAAUUUUAAGUUUCUUUUUAACCUAUUUAGUACAAUUAUGUACUUUUGACAAUCUUUAUAAUGUUUCAAAAUUUUAAUUAAAAUGUGUCCGUCCCAAUGUCACUUAAUUCUAAUCUAAAUUACAAGAGAAGAUUUGACAAAAAAAUAUAUUUUUAACUGUGGUAUGUAGACAUUUUAAAUUUAUUCAAAAACAUUGAAAGUUUAUUACAUGGUGUUUUUAAAUAAAUAAUAUUAAGCUGCAAAAUUAUUUAAUGCUCAAAAUAGUAGGCUCUUGAAAUGUGUAGCAUUUAAAAAAAUGUAAGCUUGUUGUGGCAACAUAGUGUUUAUAAGAUUUUAUUAAUUAAAAUCUAAAUUGAUGUCGUGAAAUUUAGUAUACCAAAGAUGUUUAUUUUUAUGUAAAACAAUUCAGUGCAAGUUGUGUACAGAUAGCUAACUAGCUAAGAUUAUAUGUACAAUGUUAUGAGUGUAAUAAAUUUCUUGCUCAAUUCCAAAAA